AUGAGCCCAAAAUCCCUUUGCACAGAGCAUGAUGGCAUUGCCAAACCCGUGGAUAUGGCAGUCGCUCUCCCAACAAUGCCCUCCUUUCUGCAAAACAUGACCGAUGAAGAGAGGGUUCGGAUGGAACGCAAUCUGGUCCGAAAGAUCGACUUCAGACUGCUGGUUAUGACGUUCGCUAUGUAUGUCCUCAACUACCUCGACCGGAACAACAUCGCCUCUGCAAAGUUAGGCGGCUUGGAAGAGGAUCUUGGACUGCGUGGAAAUGAGUUUCAGACCACAGUCAGCAUUCUCUUCGUCGGGUAUAUUUUAAUGCAAGUCCCCUCAAACCUGCUUUUGAAUAAAUUUGGGAAACCGUCCCUCUACCUCCCAACAGCGAUGGUGAUCUGGGGGACCAUCUCAACCGCCACAGCCGCAACAACCUCAUUCAGCGGUCUAGUCGCCUGUCGAUUCUUCCUUGGGUUCGCGGAGGCAGCCUAUUUUCCUGGUUGCCUAUACCUCCUGUCAUGCUGGUACACCCGCAAAGAAAUGGUGAAACGGACAGCAUUGCUCUACUCAGGCUCCAUUAUUUCAGGCGCCUUUUCCGGCCUUAUUGCGGCGGGUGUUAUCAAUAAUCUGAAUGGUGCGAGGGGGCUAAUGGCCUGGCGAUGGUUAUUCAUCAUCGAGGGCGCAAUUACUAUUGCAAUUGCUUUUAUCGCCUAUUUCAUUAUACCAGAUCUACCGCGAACGACAUCCUGGCUCAGCGAAGAAGAGAAGGAGCUGGCGGUGUGGAGGCUUGAAGAGGAUAUCGGAGAAGACGACUGGGUAGACGGUGAACAGCAAUCAUUCUAUCUGGGAGCUAAGAGAGCAUUUCUGGACUACAAAGUCUGGCUCCUCCUUGGUACAGUAUACGGCACAACGUCCGCCGGCUCUAUAACGAAUUUCUUUCCAGCGGUAAUGAAAGGCCUCGGAAGAGGAGACGUGGAAACCCUCCUCCUUACCACACCCCCCUACCUGAUUGGCGCUGUAGCCCUUAUUGCGAAUGCCUGGCACUCUGACAAGACCGGUGAGCGGUUUUUGCAUAUACUCAUACCGGCUGUCCUUGCAAUCGCGGCGUUUAUUUUGGGCGCUGCGACGACGUCUUUUGUGCCUCGUUAUAUGUGA